CUGUGCCGAACUAAGGACGAGUGUGACGCAGUGGUCGGGGGCGCCCUGCAACACAGACGUGGAAUCGGUCCCCACGCCCGUAACCCACCAAGCCUUCCAUCCCUCUGGGGUCGGCAAAUUCGUACCAGACUUUUUGAUGUGGUGGUCUGUAACGAGCUUCCAAACACCGAGCUUUACCGCCUACAUUUUCCUGAUAGGAAAAAAGACGCAUUCAACUUCGAACGGCAUCCGCGAAUUCGUUAUAAGAAGAACGUGAAAAUGAUGGAAAUGCGUCUCGCUCCCGAUGUAUCGAGUGGGUCAUUUGAUAAGGAAAAGGCUGAACGUUUUGCUGCUAUGAACUUACCAAUCGUGAAAUCUGAGAAUGAUAUUGCUCCAACAAAAUUCGAUGAAAUCUACGAAGGUCGGUCAUAUGUGCGAGAUGAUUACGUUCAAUUUGCCGUUGGAUUCUUUCGCGAAAACACAUUCUUCCUUAGUCCAAUCGCCGGCACCUUCGAAAUGCACAUGUCACUCGCUCAUCUUAAUAAUGCGACCAAGGUAAACCGUGGAGCAUCAGGCGAGUCGGAUUCCGAAACUUCUGGAUUGUUUAAGAUCCGAGUAAAAUUUACAAGACUGGAAACAGAACGUCAGAAGAAGCGACGAGAAGCAAGUGCUCUAUAUAGAGAAAAAUUGAUCGCAAGCGAUUCAUGGAUACCAAUGGAAGUUCAUUUAAAAGAGGAACCAUUAGUUGAGGAAAAGCUCGCACAGAUGACUCCUCUUUCCUUUAAUGAAUCGAAAAACUUUGAAGUAUUAACGACUAGGGAUCUCGUCGAACGCGGUAUUAUUUGUGAUGAGCGUGAGCAAGUUGUAAGUGUUUUUAUGCGGAUUUUAAUUGUUAUGAAUGGAGUCAAAAAUAUAUUCGUUCAAGCACGUGUUAUAAGAACAGACGAUAUAGUACGACUAGUGGGUUCUUCAUUUACACGAGAAGAGCUCUUUCAGCAACUUCAAGAAUGCGCCAGGCUUGUUCAAGGUGUUUGGGUCUUAAAGUCUGAGUUCUUAUUCCAUGAUCUAACUGUGGCGCAUUCCACUACUCUUGGGAAGCUGGACGAACACCGUGCGGAAAUGUGGCGAUGCGCUCGAGAUCUUUCCCUUUGUAUCCUUGAUUUCGGCCAACCUGUUACUCGCGCUUUACUGAUCAAGUGCUUCAAAAUAAAUUCCAAGGAUGCUGAAGAUAUUCUUUCAACAUUCGCCGUGCCAGGAGAUAAAACCUGGAAACUGCGUAUAGCACCGGAUCCGGUAUUCUCAGAAAGGUACUUGACGAAUGUUUUUUAUGAUGAUUCCGGUAGUGGAACUUAUCGUUGA